UUUAAUGUAGCUUGGGUUUAUUUUACAGCGUUGGGAGGGUGCUGGCUUCUUUCAUCUCCUGAAGGAUUCAGACACCAGAAGAAAUAUCGUGAGUUGUCCUCGGACGUCGCCCUGACUUGGGGCGUUACUGCAAGAGAGCCUUUCUGUUACUAUGGAGAAAUACGAAAAGAUCAGCAAGAUCGGAGAAGGAUCAUACGGGGUCGUUUUCAAGUGCCGGAACAAAGAUACCGGGCAGAUUGUUGCAAUCAAAAAGUUCCUGGAAUCAGAAGAUGAUCCUGUUAUUAAAAAGAUUGCACUCCGAGAGAUUCGGAUGUUAAAGCAACUGAAGCAUCCCAACCUGGUCAACCUUUUGGAGGUUUUCCGGAGGAAGCGGAAACUUCACUUGGUCUUUGAAUACUGCGACCACACGGUUCUCCAUGAACUGGACAAAAACCCGCGCGGGGUCCCGGAACAUCUUGUGAAGAGCAUAACUUGGCAGACGCUUCAAGCUGUGAAUUUCUGCCACAAACACAAUUGCAUACACAGAGAUGUGAAGCCGGAGAACAUCCUCAUAACGAAGCAUUUUGUCAUCAAGCUCUGUGAUUUUGGAUUUGCUCGCAUUUUAACUGGGCCCAGCGAUUAUUAUACCGAUUACGUGGCCACGAGGUGGUACCGUUCCCCGGAGCUCCUCGUCGGGGACACCCAGUACGGCCCCCCCGUGGACGUCUGGGCCAUCGGCUGCGUCUUUGCUGAGCUUCUGUCGGGAAUCCCACUGUGGCCGGGGAAAUCGGACGUGGACCAGCUUUACCUCAUCAGGCGGACGCUGGGGGAUCUCAUUCCGAGGCACCAGCAAGUUUUCAGCACCAACCAGUUCUUCAGCGGGGUGAGGAUCCCAGACCCAGAAAGCAUGGAGCCUCUAGAAAUGAAAUUCCCUUCAAUUUCUUACUCAGCCCUAGGACUCAUGAAGGGCUGCCUCCACAUGGACCCCGCCGAGCGCCUGACCUGCGAGCAGCUGCUUCAGCACCCUUACUUUGACAGCAUCCGGGACGUCGAGCUGGGAAGGGAGCGUGAAAGGUCCAUGACGCGCAAGCCGACCCGGCCCGCUCGGAAGCCCGUUCCUGGGUUGCAGUAUCUUCCCCAGUUAACCAGCAGUAACAUUUUACCUGCUCUGGAUAAUAAAAAAUACUUCUGCGGCACAAGAAAACUGAAUUACCGUUUCCCGCACAUCUAGGAAAGCAGAUCCUUGCAGCCUAGCCCGCUUCGCCCUGGACCGUUCUGGUGCUUCCAAGAUGGACUUCAAAGGAAAAAAAAUAAGGG